AUGUCGUUCGGGUUGAAAAAUGCCGGGGCCACCUACCAAAGGACGGUGAACAGGAUGUUCGCCCACCAGAUUGGACGAAACAUGGAGGUAUAUGUUGACGACAUGAUCGUGAAAAGCCAAACAGCCGAAGCUCAUCCUUCCGACCUGGCUGAAACAUUCGACACCCUGCGAAGGUUCGGCCUACGCCUCAACCCUGCCAAGUGCGCCUUUGGCGUAACCUCGGGAAAAUUCCUUGGAUUCAUCAUACACGAGAGAGGGAUUGACGCCAACCCGGAAAAGGUCCAGGCUGUCAUAGACAUGCAGCCCCCUCGGACGAUCAGAGACCUGCAACGCCUUAACGGGAGGUUAGUAGCCCUAUCACGCUUCCUUUCCCGAUCGGGAGAUCGCUGCCUCCCCUUCUUCAAGGCCUUGAAGGAUCCAAAAAACUUCCAAUGGACGGCGGAAUGUGAAAGGGCCUUCGAGCAGAUGAAGCAACACCUGGCCAACCUCCCCCGACUCGUGUCAGUCUCCCCAGGGGAGAAGUUGAGCCUCUACCUCGCCGCCUCUCAGCACGCGGUCAGCUCGGUUCUGGUCAAGGAAAACUCCGGCGACCAACUGCCGGUCUACUAUGUCAGCCACAUGCUAAGCGGACCAGAGGGACGCUACCCGCCAAUCGAAAAGCUGGCACUGGCGCUCGUCCUGUCAGCGCGAAGGCUCCGCCCUUACUUCCAGGCCCACCCGAUAGAGGUAAUAACUGACCGGCCGCUUCGGCUCGUUCUGUCUAAAUUCGACGUUGCAGGGCGCCUCCUCAAAUGGGCAGUGGAGCUCGGCGAGCAUGACAUACAGUACACGCCUCGGACCACCAUUAAAGCCCAGUCCGUGGCAGACUUUAUCGCGGAGCUGACCCCGAGUACAGGCGAAGAACUCGAGCCACCGCGUGACACGUGGACUCUCCACGUAGACGGGUCGGCCAACGCAAAGGGCGCCGGCGCAGGGCUGGUGCUGGUGACACCUGACGGCCGCUCGAUUGAGCGCUCCUUCCGUUUCGGGUUCAGGGCUACCAACAACGAAGCAGAAUACGAGGCUCUCCUGGCAGGGCUCCGAUUGGCGCUGGAGAUGCGGGUGACCGACAUACGCGUAAUCACCGACUCACAACUGGUGGCUAGGCAGCUCGACGGCGAAUACGAAGCCCGGGACUCGACCAUGGCGAAAUACUUGGCACAGGUAAAAAACCUUGCCACCAAGUUCGUCCAUUUUGGAUUGUCGAAUGUUCCCAGGAGCGAGAACCAGCGAGCCGACACCCUGGCAAAACUAGCGUCCGGCUCGGCCCCCAGGGCUCGACCCGAGACCGAAGAGCUCCCCCACCGAGCCAUAGAGGUCGUCGCCACCGUCACGGACGACGCGCCGGCCACCUGGGUACAAGAGAUGCUACGCUUCAAGCGAGACGGGACCCUACCCGACGACGAAACAGCGGCUCGACGCUUGCGUCGGACGCAGGCAUGGUACUCUGAAGAAGGAGGACGGUUGUACAAGCGGUCUUUCUCGCGCCCCUUGCUGCGCUGUCUAGAGCCGAACGAAGCCCGGACAGUUCUGUCCGACAUGCAUGAAGGGGCCUGCGGGGAACAUAUGGGCGAACGAGCCCUGGCGCACAAGAUACUCCGACAGGGGUAUUACUGGCCGACCAUGCGCCAGGACGCGAAAGCUUUCGUGCGGCGAUGCAGCUCAUGCCAGGAGCACGCCCGCAUCGCCCGACAGCCGGCGGUCCUGUUCACCCCCGUCGACUGUGCUUGGCCAUUCGCGCAGUGGGUCGAAGCCGAGCCCCUAGCCACCAUUACGGAGUCACAAGUGGAAAGGUUCGUGUGGAGAAACCUCAUAACACGGUUUGGCCUGCCCCAGUCCAUCGUCACCGAUAAUGGACCUCAAUUCGCCGGCAAGAGGUUCCAAAAGUUUUGCGCCGAGCACAAAAUUCAGCUGAGAUUUAGCUCGGUGGCUUACCCCCAGGCAAACGGGCUAGCUGAAGUAACCAACCGGUCUAUCGUCGACGGUCUCAAGAGGAGGGUGUCCGCUGCCCGAUCAGCUUGGAUCGAAGAGCUCCCGAGCGUCCUGUGGGCGCUACGCACUACCCCCAAGACCCCGACCGGGGAGUCUCCCUACAGCCUCACGUUCGGGACCGAGGCCGUAUUACCAUCCGAAGUAGCCGUCCCAACUCCGCGGACAGCAGGCUACAGCGAAGAGGCCUCGUGUGAAGGACUCCGAUCCAACCUGGAUCUGCUCGAGGAAAGACGGGCCAGCGCACACCAGAAAGCUCUUUCUUACAAAAGAGCCGUGGCAAGGGUCUACAACCGGAGGGUGCGACCCCGGUCGAUAAAGAUUGAGGACCUGGUCCUGCGCAAAAUCGAGGUCAGCCACCCAACCCAAGUAAGGGGGAAACUGGCCCCGAAGUGGGAAGGACCCUACCGGGUCAUCGGAGUAUCCCGACCGGGGACGUUCCGACUCGCAACAAUGGAUGGCGACCCCGUGCCCCGGACUUGGAAUAUACAGAACCUUAGAAAAUACUUCAUCUGA